AGCGGAAUGGUGUACCCUUAAAGAAGCUUUUUCUCUGUUGUUCGCCUAGCAAAUCAGAGUGACGGUUUAAACUAUGGAGCUGACAGCUGAAAAUCAAUCUGUCACCAUGAGUAAUGGUUUCAAAAUGCCUCUCAUGGGUAUAGGAACCUAUGGAGAUCCUCGGACGACUCCUAAAGGAACCACAUAUGAAGCAGUCAAGCUGGCUAUUGAGACUGGAUACCGACACAUUGAUGGAGCUUUGGUCUAUUUUAAUGAGCAUGAAGUGGGCCAAGCUAUUCGGGAUAAAAUAGCCGACGGAACGGUUAAAAGAGAAGAAAUUUUCUACUGUGGGAAGUUAUGGAAUACAUUUCACCCACCAGAGCUGGUACGACCUGCACUGGAGCGAACACUUCAAGCCCUGCAGCUGGACUACGUGGAUCUCUAUAUCAUUGAACUCCCCAUUGCUUUUAAGCCUGGAGAUACCUUCUAUCCAAAGGACGAGAAUGGAAAGCAUAUCUACCACAAGACAGACCUUUGUGCCACAUGGGAGGCAUUAGAAGCCUGUAAAGAUGCAGGGCUGGUAAAGUCUCUCGGUGUGUCAAACUUCAAUAAGAGGCAGCUGGAACUAAUCCUCAAUAAACCAGGUCUAAAGUACAAACCAGUUUCAAACCAGAUUGAAUGCCACCCCUACUUCACUCAGCCCAAAAUGAUGGAAUACUGUAAGCAGAAGGACAUUGUCAUUGUUGGAUACAGUCCCAUAGGAACCUCCAGAGACCCAUCCUGGGUGAAUUUAAAGUGUCCUCCUCUGCUGGAAGAUAAGGUUCUGGUAUCCAUUGCCAACAAGUAUAAGAAAUCCACAGCUCAGGUCGCACUAAGGUUCAAUGUACAGCGAGGUGUGGCGGUCAUUCCUAAAAGCUUUAGCUCAACCCGCAUCAAGGAGAACUUUCAGAUUUUCGACUUCACUUUGACUGAUGAUGAAAUUAAAGCGAUUGAAGGGCUUAAUAAGAACAUCAGAUUUGUGGAGCUGCUCAUGUGGAGUGAUCAUCCCGAGUACCCAUUCCAUGAUGAAUAUUAACCAGUUUAGUUUAGGGUCAAAUUCCUAAAAUAAACAAUGUAAAUGUGACCUGUAUUAAUUUAAAAUGGCUUUAUAUCUGCUGUGAUGUACCUGAUGUAUUGCUCUGUUUAAAUAAAUGAUUUCUCACAUCUCCAAGAA